AUGGAUAACGCAUCGAUCAACAGCCAAAUCCUGCGAAUCGAGGGGUUUGAAAUCUCCGCACAAUUUGUGUACCCUUUAUUUUUCCUGAUGCUGUUUGUCUACCUCGCCCUUGUAGUCUCCAACAUUGGAGUCCUUGUUCUCAUAAUCACAGAGAGAGGCUUGCACCAGCCCAUGUACCUGCUGUUCUGCAACCUGUCCGUGAACGAUCUGAUCGGAAACACGGUCCUGAUGCCUCGUCUGAUGUCGGACGUGGUCUCGCCCGAGCGCUACAUCUCGUACAGUGAGUGCGUCCUGCAGGCGUUCUGCAGCCACACGUUCGGGUCCGCCUCCCACAUGAUCCUCAUCAUCAUGGCCCUGGACAGGUACGUGGCCAUCUGCCACCCUUUGAGGUACCCCUCCCUAAUGACCACCAGGACCGUGGUGAAGCUCUCCGCCACCGCCUGGGGCGCCUCGCUCUUCCUGGUGUCCGUCUUGCUGGGCCUCACCAUCCGGCUGUCCCGCUGCAGGUCCACCAUUUUGAACGCCUACUGCGACAACGCGUCCCUGUUCAAGCUGUCCUGCGAGGACGUGACGGUCAACAACAUCUACGGGCUGUUCUUCACCGUGGUGCUGUUCGCGUCCUCCAUGGGCAGCAUCGCGGUCACCUAUUUCAGGAUCGCCGUCAUCUGCUGGACCAGGAAGAGCAAGGAGCUGAACAGCAAGGCCGCGCAGACCUGCGCCAGCCACCUGGUGCUGUACCUCAUCAUGCUGUGGACGGGCUUUUUGACCAUCAUCCUGCACCGCUUUCCCAACUACCCCGACCUGAGGAAACUGGCGUACAUUUUGUUUCACGUCGUUCCCGCCAACUUGAACCCCAUCAUCUACGGGCUCCAGACUAAGACCCUCAGAAAGAAAAUUGUGCAGAUUUUCAAGACCAAAGUGACCCAGUCUUAA